AGUUAAUCGCGAAAUUUCAUUUGAAACACUCUCACUAUGAAGAAGUUCAUGCUUCUCCUCAGUUUGUCCCUUAUGGGAUUUGUCUAUGCGAAUGAGGAAGUUUGCGUUGGGGCAGCUGAUGAUACUUUUGUGGCUGAUCCCACGAGCUGCGAGGGAUACUACCUCUGCCGCGAUGAAGUUGGAUUACCAGGAACAUGUCCUUACGACCUUUGGUUCGAUCCCGUAAACAUUUGGUGCACGUACCCAGGUGAUUUCUGUGGUGCUGCUGCGAACCCUUGUACUGGAGCCACCGAUGGUAGUUUUGUGGAUAAUCCGUCUUCUUGUGGGGCUUGGUAUUACUGCAGUGGUGGUGAAGCCUACCCUGGCGUAUGCGCUAAUGAUUUGUACUUCGAUCCCGUAAACCAAGUGUGCACAUACCCAGACUAUGUGGAAUGCACAUCAACUCCCGAGGAGCCAGCACUUCACGUUCGAGAGGGGCCUCCAACAGUUUUUGGAAAGCCAUACUCCAUUAAGGUGGCUCCAGUUCAACCACGUGAGGUGGCUUAAUCCCUUUGUUUUAACUAAAAUGAACCUAUAUGUAAAUAAAAUAUUUUAAUCUGUAA